UUAUGCAUUUAUGAGUGAAGGAACUUAGUACAACCAAUAAGGAAAGCCGGUGAGAGCAAACAAGUGCACAUAGUAGGAUCUAAAACUUAUGCACAACAUGCAUAUGAUAUGGAGCAAAAAGAUAAGAUUGCACUAGAUCAAGCAAAAUUAUAUAUACUGCUUCACAAAAGGAAGGAUGGGACACCAGUCAAUGAAGCAGCAGCUACAAAAAUUGAAAAACUAGAAGCUUUGAUGAGCUCACAACCAAGUAGCCCCGAAGGAAAUGUUAAUGGCCGUAUAUCUUGGUCACCAAAUGAUAUUUAUUCUCAAGUGAUGGGUAAAGAGCAUCAUGGUUGUGUUCGAGGUUUAGGAUUUGGGCCUACUCCUUCCAAGCAUGGCUUCAUGUGCAAUAAUUUUGACCACUUAAGAAUGGUUUCUGAUGAAGAGAGAAUGAGAGACAAAGACACUAUAAUUGAGUUGAAGGAACAACUAAAAACUCAAGGUGAUCAGUUACAAACUCAAGGUAUUCAGUUGCAAGCUCAAGAUACUGUAAUAAACUCUUUAAAAGAGCAAGUAACAUUUUUGAUGAGAUAAAGACAUAGUUCUAGUGGUUUGCA